GGCUUUGUUUUGGCGGAGCCCAUUUCCACUUUCUGGUUACCUCGGCAGAUGCAGGCACUUACACACCACAAGUUGUAACGGAGCGAAAUCAAGAACCCAUGAGUCCAGACCUGUGCCCGGAAGUGAGGAACAUUUGGAUCCUACUGCCUGGGCAAAACGCCUCUUUAAGUUACACGAAAAGCGGUGUGCUCCACCGUCGUCGGUCUCAUCCGCAGAGCCUCCGCUCUUGCACAUGGUAUGUCGCGUGAAACCACUCAAGGGUGUACCUCACUAUCAGCGGGCUGUCCUUGAAAGGCACGGCCUGGGCGAAGAUACUAAGAAUCAUUCAUGGAUACUUGUGAAAAAUACGCCAUCUGUAAACCAGGAUUUAUAUGUUAUUAAGCAUUUGGUCCGGAUACAACCAGUCAAAUUCCCCCAAGGUCUACCAACCGCGGACGACGACCUGACUAAGUGUCGGCUUCUUCCAGACGGUCGUUUUUUUCGAUAUCCAAAAGAUAGCGUUUCCGGAGAAUUUGUGACAGAGAACACAGCGACCGUUUUACCGUCGUCAUCGGUCUCGAUCCCAACGGAAGACGUCAGCAAGAUCUUCCAGCACUCCACUGAUGACAAGGGCUACCUGACUCGCGCAUAUCUUAGAAAAUAUCAUAACCGCCAGUGGGAUAGGUUUCAGCUGUUCGACGAGUUUUUCACCUCGCAUUACCGCUACAAACUCAAUCAAGACGGGUCAGAGUACAGAUAUAGCCGUCUUUGGCGCUUGGACAACGCAAUGUUCCAUGCAAUCCGCAAACAACGAAAUCCGGAUGGUACGCUGAAGGCCCCCAAUCAAACUCGAUUCGAAGCCAAUUGGUCUACUUAUCCUUGGUCGAAAUUCUGAUCUAUGCUGGAUUUGAACAAACAUAUUUCGCACUCCGGCUGCCUGUACAUAAACUACCUGGCUCUUUUUUGUUGUAGUGCUUUCGCCACGGAUACAUACAUGUUUGCCAAAUAGU